AUGGAUGCAGAAGUAUUAUCCCAACAGCUAGCUUCCGAAGAACGCGAUAAAAGCAAAAAGCAACAUUAUGCGGACAACUUUAAUCGCUUGUGCCGGCUCUGUCUGUCCCAGGAAAGGUUGGUCGCUAUCUACUACAAUGUUCAGGGGCGGAAUGUAUACUACAUACGAAAUUUUGUAAAACUGGCGCUUGAUUUGCUUAAGAUAAAGAUCAAUAAGCACGAUGCGCUGCCGAACUUUCUGUGUGAAAAGUGUGAAAGGAACCUGAACAUUAUAACUAACUUUAAGCGGAAAUGUGAUGUAUCGAUGAAGUUGUUGAAUGAAAUUCGUGAUAGCAACAGAUCAGGGCAAGCGGAUCAGUGCGAAGCUACAAAUGACGCUUUAGCGAAGAAAAAACGAAGAAAGAAACCCCCUACCAAACGGGUCAAGCAGGCUUGUGCUGACAUUUUGAAAAAGCUUCCGCAGGAAAUUCACGUUGAAAAAAAGGUUCUGAGCCAAAAUCGAGAAGAUGUUUCUCCAGGUAACACCGACAUUGGCAUUAGCGGUGAGUUCACAAUAGCGCUGCAAAAUGAAGCAGUUAUGCUAAGUCCGAAGCAAAACGAACAGACAACAGAAGUAGCAAAUGAAACUCAACCGUUGGAACAAUUGUCCCAAGACCUACAAGGUUCCAACUCGGAUGAGGAAAUAGAGUUUAUCACUACGGACGAUUAUUUCGAAGAGCAGGAAGAAAUCGAAUGCGUCACAGAGCCCGUAAACAUCGUCCAGCACAAAAAUGUUCCUACCAACAAUACCUCAACUAACAAAGAAUCGAAAAAAGCACCCCAAAAGGAGAAGAUUGUGUGUUCCGUUUGUGGCACCAAAGUGAACAACAUCAAAUCGCACAUGGUCAUUCAUUCGGCUCGUACACACCAAUGCGACCAGUGUUCGAAAAGUUUUACUUCACGCAACAAACUACAGUCACACGUUAACGGUGUGCAUCUGCGAAAGCGAGACUUUAAGUGUGACAUUUGUGAUAAAGCGUUCCUGGAGAAGAACAAUUUAAAAGGCCAUAUGCGCAUCCACAGCGGCGAACGGAAGUUUGCGUGCAAUCUGUGCUCCAAAACGUUCCUAUUUGCGGGAACUUUACGCUGUCACAUGCUAACGCACACCCAGGAGAAACGGCACGAAUGUGAGGUGUGCGGAAAGCUGUUCCUGUUGCGCACGACGCUUAACAAACAUCUGCGGGUGCAUUCUGGUGAGAAGCCGCACAGCUGUAGCGUGUGCGAUAAACGAUUCCGGACGAUGACGCACAUGGUGGUUCAUAUGCGAACGCACACGGGCGAAAAGCCGCUAAGCUGUCGUAUUUGUGGCAUGAGCUUUGCGCAUCAUAAAGGUCGCAGUGUGCACAUGAAGACGAAGCACCCGCAGGAGCUGGUAGAGUUGGGAUUGAUCGACGAUAAAGGACAUUUGAAGUGUUAG